CUGACUGAAGAAAGAAUGCAAUUACAGAGUCACAAGUCGUUGAAAAAAUUUGUCAACGCCGACCAUAUGAAAAAUCCGCAAUUACUUUUUGGGCAACCCAAUACUUUAUUGGGUCUUACGCGUAUAUUUCGAGGUGUUAGAAACCGAGUGUCUAGACUAGUAUGCCCCCAUCUUACAGUGGUGGUUAUAAAAAUUAUGCCCUUUAACAAAAUUUGGUUUGUAUAAAUUUUUAGCCGAAUUCGCCUUUGCUUGAUUUUUCUUCAAAUGUGCUGAUUGUCUGCCAAAUUAAUCUGGCAGCCUUGGUUGUUUGGGAAUAAAAAGUUCUCUCCCACCACACUGGUGCUCAUGCUGUCAGUCUUGUCGCAGUCUCAUCCGGUAUCGUGCGUGUUCUCAAUGGGUUGACAAGUAGUGGGGGAAAACUAGCAUUUCGCCGAUAAAAACCAAAACCAACUGCAAGAACAACAACAAGUGCAUAGAAAACAAAAACUUAGUGAGGACGAUUGAAAAAACACAGUGUUUAGAAUAAAAAUGAAUCCUCAGGGAUUUGAGAAAAUCGACGGCAAUUGUGAUAUAUGGCUACACAUCUAUGAUUAUCUAAACUUUUUGGACCAAUUGCGAUUGUCGCGUGUGAAUGAGAAUCUACGCAAUAUAUUCGAACAAUUCAUAUGGGAGGACAAGUAUCGAAGGAUGCAAAUCACGGAGCCAUCUGGCGGUGUGUUCGUGGUAACCGGUAGUUUGGGCACCAGACCCUUGAUUUUCAAAUAUAACGAAUUACAAGAAAUGCUAGAGGCCUAUGCCACGGACAUUGAGGAUUUGUCCAUCUGUGAUUUGAAAUCGAAAAAUGUCGAUCACAUCAUUAGAGAAUUCCCAAAUCUCAGGGCUCUCAAAUAUGACGGAUGGAAGGAUAUACCCUUGACACAUUACAGCAGGUUGGGUAAUAAGUGCCCAAAUUUGCAGAAGCUGAAAUUGUGCGGAAACAUCAUGCCCAGCAUUAAAUCUUUGGGGAGGCUGCGAAAGUUAAGAUACCUUUCCAUAAACUAUGGCAUGGACUUCUCUUAUCAGGCCUUUCGGCAACUUUGUGCACGCCUAAGUUUGGAGGGUCUUGAAAUCACAGGAUCAAUGAUAGCAGAAAAUAGGAAAAGGCCAAAGAAAACGGAUACCUUACCACUCAAGGAAUUGAAAGUGGCCACCUCAUUUGAUCCCCAUGUCUGGUCGCCCAAGGUUUUUCCCUUAUUUUUGAAGAAUUUCGGGAGUCUCCAAAAGCUGACCAUACGUUUCACCGAAGAUUGUGUGUCCGAUGUUGCCCUAGCCGCCUUGGCUCAAGCAUGUCCACAACUUCAAUAUUUGAAAAUAGUAGCAAGCUAUUUUGCCCUUAGCCCCUGCCAAACAAUGCCUUUGCCUUUGGACUUAAGAGAUAUGUGUUUGGAAUUUUGUUCCAAUUUGACAUGGGAAAACCUGAAAGCUCUUCUUAGCUUGACAAAGUUAUCAGGCAUAACCUCUAAGGCCACCCAUUAUGAAGGAGUAUGGGAAGUUAUAGAGAUAUCACCCCAUAUACAACUAUUGGAUAUUGAGAAUGUGAAUAGCCGUAUCUUUAGAUCUCCCCAUUUAAAGGAACUCACAUGGUAUGAAAAUCCUAAUGAGGUGCUGGAAGACUAUCCCUGGCAAUCUUGGAGUGCAAUGGAAAGCCUAAACAUUAAAUCUGGCAUGGUGCCUCUGCAAACAUUGAUGGAUAUGCAAUAUCUUCAUACGCUCACAUUGCCGGAAUCAAUGGCGUACCUUGAUUGGUCCUACAUCACAACUCUGUUGUCACAUAGACCCUUAAGAGUUUUCACAAUUGCCGGUCCUCAACAACGUUCAACUGGGUGUGAGCUUUCGGGAAGGGUUCCCACUGUACCUUUUCCCACCCUGCUAAAUAUCAUGAAAUUUCCAUUUGCCGUAUUCCACGAGGCAUUACCGUUUUGGCUUGAAAUGUUUCAUCUGAAUAAAGAUUUGCAGUUGAUUUGUUCGAAUUUUAGAAAUUUCGAACAACUAAACGAAAUGUUGAAUGACAAAAGGUUUCCAGUGUAUUUAAGGACUAUUGAAAUAUGGGGAAUUACCUUAAAUUGCAACAGAUUGCGGCGGAACUUUAAUGCUAUGAUGAAUAAAUUCAUCUCGGAUGUGGUGUAUCAAAGAAAACAAUACGAAAGUGAUGGAGAUUUAUAUAAUUUAGUUCUCUGUAGAAAAUAAGAAAAAAAGACUAGCAAAAACAAGUAAAAAGGCGUUAAGUUCGGCCGGGCCGAACUUUGGAUACCCACCACCUUGGAUGUAUAUGUGAACCACCUUUCCUCAAAAUCCGGUGCAAAAUUCAUAUAUAUGGCAGCUAUAUGCAAAUCUUCGAUCGAUCUAGACGAACUUGCAGAAAUAUGUGGAGGGGCUUUAUUUAACUCUCUGUCCCAAAUUUCGGCAACAUCGGACAAUAAAUGCGCUUUUUAUGGCCCCAAAACCUAAAACCGAGAGAUCGGUCUAUAUGGCAGCUAUAUCCAAAUCUGAACCGAUCGGGGCCAAAUUGACAAAGGAUGUCGAAGGGCCGAACGCAACUCACUGUCCCAAAUUUCAGCAAAAUCGGAUAAUAUAUGUGGCUUUUAUGGGUCUAAGACCCUAAAUCGGAGGAUCGGUCUAUAUGGCAGCUAUAUCGAAAUCUGAACCGAUCUGGGCCAAAUUGACGAAGAACGUUGAAGGGUCUAACACAACUCACUGUCCCAAAUUUCAGCAAGAUCGGAUAAUAAAAGUGGCUUUUAUGGCCUUAGACCCUAAAUCGGAGGAUCGGUCUAUAUGGCAGCUAUAUCCAAAUCUGGACCGAUCUGAGCCAUAUUAACAGAAGAUGUCGAAGGCUCUAACACAACUUACUGUCCCAAAUUUCAGCAA